AUGUAUACGAUUGCUAUUUCUAAUAACCGACAGUGUCAUUCGUUUGCUUCUCAUCAAGAUCUAAUUGAGUUCAGUCAGGAGGCACACUUGAAGGCAAAGCGAUUCCAUUUACCUAAUCUAUCAUUGGAGGUAGUGUUUGAUGAGAAAGCUAGUUUAUAUUACAAGAAACCCAUGAUUUGUUUGCAGCCUGCGCAUCCCAUUGUGGCCGUACGACGACUAUCACGACUAUCACUAUCUGCCAUGGAGUCAGACAGCCAGCACCACCAUAACACAAAAGAGGAGGAAAAGGACAUACCCUCAAUACCCAUUCCUUCACCAAGAAUGCAAUAUACCCAUCACACAAGCUUUCGCACUACCAUUGCCUAUUCCACUUCUCCACCCACUAAUUUUUUUGAUCUUGGAAGACGGAACUCAUUGACGAGCGAUAUUCAUCAGCGAUGUCUGGUAGGAAGUUUCGAAGAAUCUCUAUUGUCUGGUAGAAUGUCUUCUAUGCCAUCCAAACCUAUUACUUUUCAUUGUCAAAUCGGCGUAUUAGGCUUAGGAGACUGUAAGCCUUCACUAAAGUGUCCACCUCAUUGCUCCAUUGUGUUCCCUGCCACAUUUUUUAAAUUGGGACAAGAAGAAGAAGGAAAUACACCUUAUGUGGGCACAGUCGAUUUACAAGAGCCCGGCUAUCGUAUCCCACCUAAAGGACAAUUGCAAGUGGUUGUGAAGAAUCCUAACAAGACAGCAGUCAAAUUAUUCUUGAUCCCCUACGAUUUUCAGGAUAUGCCAAAGAAUACCAAGACCUUUCUAAGACAAAAAUCAUAUACGCUUGACACAAGACAUUUGAGAUACGCUAUUCAUCUACAGUUUGCCAGAACAGAAAAGAAACGUAUCUAUCUGUAUAAAUCUAUGAGAAUCGUCUUUGCCAAUCGAAUUGCUGAUGCACGAGAAAAAUUCCAAGUUGUUUGUGAAGGACCUCAAUCACCUGUAUAUCGGCCCAUGUAG